CCCUAGUGCCUCCGCCGCUUCUUGCCCCGAUGGCCGACUUGGAGCUCUUCGGUACUCAGCAGCAGCCGACGGCCGCCGCCGAUAACGGGGCACUGGACGGCGCCGAGGAGGAUCCUGCCGCCGCUUUCCUGGCGCAGCAGGAGAAUGAGAUCGCGGGCAUCGAGAACGACGAGGGGUACAGCAUCCUGGACGGCGGCGAGGUGCCGGCGACGCUGCAGGUUCCGGAGGGUCUCGACUCGGGUACGCGCGGAGGGACGGUGGUGGUUAAUGGAGAUGUCUAUCAGGAGAGUAAUGGUCCAGCAGACUCCUAUGCUGCUAUAUCCCAAGUAGAUCGACUCCAGUCAGAACCAGAGAGCAUUCGUAAGUGGAGAGAGGAGCAAAAGGAGCGCCUGGAGCAACUUGAUGCGAACUCACGAAAGCAGGAAGCAGAAUGGAAGGAGAAAGCAAUAAAGGAGUUGGAGGAGUGGUAUGCAAGGCAAGAUGAAAAGCUCCAGAAAACAAAAGCCAGCAACAGGGCAGCUGAAGAAGCCUUUGUGAAUGAUGCAGAAGACAUUUUUCCAGGCACUGAGUGGGAACGUGUGGCUCAGCUCUGUGAUUUUAAUCCCAAGUCUAGUAAGCAGGCAAAAGAUGUGUCCCGCAUGCGUUCAGUCCUCAUCUCACUCAAGCAGGCUCCGCUGGUUCGCUGAAGGAAAGCACAAUGGAAACACUACAAAUGCAAUAUCUAAAUGUUACUCAGAGAAGCUGUGUUUGCAGUAAUUGGAUUAAUUGUUUGAAUGGUUUUUUUUUUUGGACCAAAACUUAUGAUGUAUCUAGAGCUGAUCAUUGUUUGAUUGCAUGUUCUUCCUCAUGUUUCCUUUCUGUGUCUGAAAUGGGAGAACCUCCAAAACUGUAGUCUCUGUGCUGCUGUGCACUGAGAUGUCACUUCCCAUGUUACUGAUAUUAAAGAUCUGUUAAACAGCAAAA